CAGCGGUCCCUGACAGGCGGGAGCCGGCGCUGCGGGGCCUGCGGCGGAGCGCGAUACCCCUCCCCGGCCGCCCUGUCCACCUUGCCGGGGAAGGCGGAAGAUGCCAGUGAAGAAGAAGAGAAAAGCUCCCGGAGUGGCAGCGGCAGUCGCGGAAGACGCGGGCCUCAAAAAGUGUAAAAUCUCCAGCUAUUGCAGAUCCCAGCCUCCUGCUAGACUCAUCAGUGGAGAGGAAGAUUUUUCAAGAAAGAAGUGCCUGGCUUGGUUUUAUGAGUAUGCAGGUCCUGAUGAAGUUGUAGGGCCAGAAGGAAUGGAAAAAUUUUGUGAAGACAUUGGUGUUGAACCUGAAAAUAUUAUUAUGUUAGUUUUAGCGUGGAAGUUGGAGGCUGAAAGCAUGGGAUUUUUUACCAAGGAAGAAUGGUUAAAGGGAAUGACCUCAUUACAGUGUGACUGCACAGAAAAGUUACAGAGCAGGUUUGAUUUUCUGCGCUCACAGCUGAAUGACAUCUCAUCUUUUAAGAAUAUCUACAGAUACGCCUUUGAUUUUGCAAGGGAUAAAGAUCAGAGAAGCCUUGAUAUUGAUACUGCUAAGUCUAUGUUAGCACUGCUGCUUGGGAGAACGUGGCCACUCUUUUCAGUAUUUUACCAGUACCUGGAGCAAUCAAAGUAUCGUGUUAUGAACAAAGAUCAGUGGUACAAUGUAUUAGAAUUCAGCAGAACAGUUCAUGCCGAUCUUAGUAACUACGAUGAAGACGGUGCUUGUUUCAGAGGUUGGAACCAAGUAGUGGCUUGUGUUGAACUUGCUCUCCAGUUUGGCAGUCCACACAGUAUUCCAACAUUGCCAUUUACUGCUUUGCCUGCCCGGCUGUUUUUGUAUGGUCUGCUAAAAGCAAGAGAGAAAAGAACACACAGAGCUUUUAUGUUUUGAGAAAAACAAGACAAGCGUAUCUUCGUGGUCAUACUUUCCAUACAUUUUGAAAACACAAAUACUGAAACCUCAUUUAAAUUGCCUACUUGGCUUCCGGUGGUAAACAUUUGCAACCUCUACAUUAUAAAACCUAUUUUCAGAAUAGUGGUUAGUCAGGUAGUAGGCAUUUACUUUAUGCUGUUCUUUUUACUAUGUCCUAUUUUUAGAAUAAAGUCAGUCUUGUGUGGCCACUCCCCCUUAGCAAAUGUUCAUACUUCUUAAUAUGGCAAAAAUAUUUUUUCUGAGUGUAAAAUGCCAGUUAUACGGGAAAAGGUUAGUUUUGUCUCCAUUAUAAGGAAGUUCAUGUAACGUUCCUUCAGAACUAUAUGCCCUGGGGAUGGGGUGGGGGACAAUGACAGAAAGCAGUAGAUGAAGUCAGGUCAUGUGUAUCCUUGCCACCUCAGAGCUUUUUAUAGGAAUGAGCUUAUUGAAACAAGACUUCUUUCUUCUUUCUAGGGCCUGUUCUUCUUGAUG